CGAGUGCGCUCCAGAGAAGAGGAGAACAGAGCUCUUCUUUACUGAACGAUUAUCACAACAGCGUAAAAGGACCAGUGGAGUUGGUUCAUCCAACCGCUUCAUAUAGGAAACACAUUUUGAUACAUCAAAUAUAUAGAACAUUUUCCAGUCUACUUAAUUUAAAGGUAUUUCACACUGUGCAGCUUAUUAAAGCUUAAAGUCUUGUCAGAGAAGGAGCAUAAUGGAGCUUCCAACUGUGACUGUUAGCGAUUCCUUUGAUUAUCCGUUAUUUCGGCACAACACAACCUUUACGGAGGAACCAGCGCAACUGCUGUCUAACAUCAGCGGAGACAGUGAACAGAAGGCGGUGAGAGGCAACACGGCAGUCGUUAUAGCUGUGUGCAUUACCGCCUUGUACUCCGUCAUUUGCGUUGUGGGGCUGUUUGGAAAUGUUCUGGUAAUGUACGGUGUGGUAAGGUACACAAAGAUGAAGUCAGCUACCAACAUUUACAUCUUUAACUUGGCUCUGGCUGAUGCUUUAGCCACCAGCACUCUACCCUUUCAGAGUGCCAAAUAUCUAAUGAACACCUGGCCUUUCGGUGAGCUCUUGUGCAAAGUGGUCAUUGCUAUCGACUACUACAAUAUGUUCACCAGUAUUUUCACACUGACAAUGAUGAGUGUGGAUCGUUACAUUGCCGUGUGCCACCCAAUCAGAGCUCUGGACUUUCGCACACCCGUCAAGGCAAAGAUCAUCAACAUCUGUGUAUGGAUUCUGUCAUCUUCCAUCGGCUUCCCAGUCAUGGCCAUGGCUGUGACUAGAGUGACAGAUACAGGCAAAACGGUCUGCAUGGUGAAAUUCCCAGACCCAGACUGGUACUGGGAUACCGUGACCAAAAUCUGUGUCUUCAUUUUCGCCUUUGUGGUUCCUAUUAUGGUCAUCACCAUUUGUUACGGCCUAAUGAUUCUUCGCCUUAAGAGUGUGCGCUUGCUCUCUGGCUCUAAAGAAAAGGAUAGAAACCUUCGUCGCAUCACUCGCAUGGUCCUGGUGGUGGUGGCAGCCUUCAUCAUCUGCUGGACCCCCAUCCAUAUCUUCAUAAUUGUCAAGACCAUGGUUGAGAUCGACCAAAAAAAUCUGCUCGUGGUGGCCUGCUGGCAUCUGUGUAUUGCUCUGGGCUACAUGAACAGUAGCCUCAACCCAGUUCUGUAUGCGUUCCUGGAUGAAAACUUCAAGAGGUGCUUCCGAGAAUUCUGCUGGCCAUUUUGUUCUCGCAUGGAGCAGAGCAGCUUCUCCAGAGCCCGUAGCACCACCAAAGAGCCCAUCUCAGUAUGUGCCAAGACAGAGUCAAUGAAGCGGCCAACAUGACUAGGCCUGGAUCAGAUACCUCCUGGUAUACAAUCAAGGACUCCGAAAGACCUGCAGUCUGAGGUCACUCAAAUCUCCACCACUGAGUUCUAAGCUCCACUGGAAACCACAUGAGGUUAAUACAACUUGAUGGCAACCACAUCCUGAAGGCAAAUGUUCUUUUUGGAUUAUCAUCAUGCUUUUUACCCCCACUUUUUUCUCUUUCUUGACCUAACUGAGUUGGAAACGCUGUGGAUGGCUCUAAAAUUAUCUUCAAAAUGUUACCUUAAUUGUGGAAAGCAGAUCAUUUUGGGCCAUUAAGCUUCUAACAAUUAACUGAAAAAGACAUCAAAGAUUUGGCCUGGAAUGGUCAAUAGGAAAUCAACAUUCAUUAGUGGUAUAUGAGCCAUCAAUGUGGAUUCUCGUAAUCGUAUUUUUAAAUGAAACCGAAUACAUUUCCUUUGUGAUUUGUGGGAACUUGAAAGGGUUAUUGAUCAUAGAUUACUUUUGCUUAUUACACAAAUUGUCUGGUAUAUUUCCCAAAACAUCAAAAUAAGCUUUAAGAUGGAUUAUUUCAUUUAAAGAGACACUGCAUUAGAAUGUGUAUUUCCCAGCUUCUGAGUAUGAAAAAACCAGUCCAUCAAAUUAGUAGGAUGUCCGAUUACUCCAAGUAUGGAUGAUGUACUACAUUUUCUGAGAUUCUGAAGUGUGAAACUAGUGGACACUAUCCCUAUAAGGGCACAAGAACAGAGGAGCCAUCGGAUUUGAAUAAAAUGUUAAAGAACUAGAAGCCAGACUGCUGUUUUAAAAUGUAAGUUCUAUAGGUACCAAGAAAUGUAUUUUUCAUGUUUAAAUUGUAGUUGUUGUUAGCACGUUAUAAGUCAAACAAUGCCAAUGUAGUAGAUGUAGUAUGUGCAGGAAUGUAUUUAUACUACACACCUGCAUAUCUACAGAAUCUAUCAAUGCAGUGCUCUAUAACAGUACGGGAAUUCGGAUGCAGUCAGGACAGUCUCUGCCUAACAAAGUGCACAGAGGCUUCUUUCCUUUACAUAACAAAAUGAUUUAAUUAAACAUAAGGAUAAGGAAAUAUGGAUAAAAGAGAAUGUAUGUUUCAGUGUGCAUUCAGAAUGAAUUACAGAAGGUUUACAGGUUAGUUUGAGCACUGCCACAUACUGUAUAUGCUGUUAAAACAAACUUUAAUACAGAAUCUCAACACAUCAUUUCUUUUUAAUGGUGCAUGGUGAGGUAUCAUUGGUGAAAUGUUGUUAUUGGUAAAUGUGUUUGAUGCACUCUAUAAAGUACACAGUGUUAAUAUUAGAAGCAGUUGUUUGUUGUGAAUCUAUCACAGAGGGAUUUAGAUAUUGUCUUAAGAGUUCUCACUGAGUUAUGAAGAAUUUUAGUGUAAUCAUUUUAGCAUUUCAUUGACAGAGUUAAAUGGCAAAAGUCUUUGAGCUUUUUUAAAAUCAUAAAAUUUAAGUGACAUUUAACAAAUUGUUUUAAAUUAUAAGAGUUUUGUUUGAAAUGUCUACUUUUCUGUUAACAUUUCUAGAGUUUUUAGACAUACUUUCUCUAAACAAGGCUGUGUGUUGAUGUAUUAUAGACAGUAUUCGCUUUGCAGUUGAAAAAGUGUGAUUUACUUUUGCAUAACUGUUGCAUUUUUACUCAUUCAUCUAUUUUUAAUGGAUGCAAGCCAAUUAUAACUAAUUAUUUGAACUGUCAAUGUCAAUGUUGUGAAAGUAAAAAAAAAAACAUUAAAAUGGUUCUGUAGAUUGCAUGGAUUUCUGUAAAAACAACAAAAACAAAAAAAAUCAAUGAGUGAGAUGACCGAAUAUCUAAGAUAUACAUUCAUCAUCUCGUCUUUGAUUAGGUGGUAAUGAACAAUAUUUUUUAGAAUGUAUUAAUGUUGGCUAAUGUCAAUUUCUGCAUAUACUAAUACAUUCUUUACAUUAAACCUC